CCUGGAAAAUGUACGUUGUCGUCACGUGACGUCACGUUCGAGACCCUACCUCCUAUUUCCGUGUCAACAUGGCGGCGUGCAUGGCAUCCCAGGCGACUACGAGAGGGCUGAGGGCUGUCGCGUCUAAGUACCUACUUGUGAAGAAAUUGAAGCUUCACUGCAACUGGUUGAGUCCUAAAAGAUGGCUAAAUCUUCAAGAGUACCAAAGCAAAAAGUUGAUGCAAGAGUGUGGCGUGACUGUCCAACGCUUCUUUGUAGCUGACACGGCCUCUGAGGCCUUAGAGGCUGCAAAGAAACUCGAUGCCAAAGAGAUCGUGCUAAAAGCUCAGAUUCUGGCUGGUGGGAGAGGCAAGGGUGUGUUUGACAGUGGGCUCCAAGGUGGAGUGCAUCUAACAAAGGACCCUGCAGUUGUUGGUGAGCUGGCCAAUAAGAUGCUGGGUUUCAAUCUGACGACAAAGCAGACACCUAAAGAUGGAGUGAAAGUGAAAACAGUCAUGGUUGCUGAAGCCUUGGACAUAAACAGGGAGACCUACUUUGCCAUUUUAAUGGAUCGCUCCUGUAAUGGUCCCGUUAUGGUUGGAAGUCCCCAAGGAGGUAUGGACAUAGAGGAAGUAGCAGCCAGUACACCAGAGCUCAUCUUUAAGGAAGUCAUAGAUAUAUAUGAUGGUGUACAGGACGACCAGGCAGAUCGCAUGGCAGCUAAUUUGGGUUUCAAAGGAUCUCUCCAGAGACAGGCAGCAGAUCAGAUUAAGAGACUCUAUGAUCUUUUCCUAAAAGUCGACGCCACUCAAGUUGAAGUCAACCCUCUUGGAGAGACUCCUGAAGGACAAGUGGUCUGCUUUGAUGCUAAGAUCAACUUUGACGACAACGCUGAGUUCCGUCAAAAGGAUGUCUUUGCAAUGGAUGACUUGACAGAGAGUGAUCCCACAGAGAUGGAAGCUGCCAAGUGGGAUCUCAAAUAUAUUGGUCUGGAUGGAAACAUUGCCUGCUUUGUGAAUGGAGCUGGAUUGGCCAUGGCUACAUGUGACAUUAUUGACCUGCAUGGGGGAAAGCCAGCUAACUUCCUGGAUCUUGGAGGAGGAGUCAAAGAGAGGCAGGUGUAUGAGGCCUUCAAGCUUCUUACUGCUGACCCAAAGGUUGAGGCCAUCCUCGUCAACAUCUUUGGGGGGAUUGUCAACUGUGCUGUUAUUGCCAAUGGUAUCACCAAGGCCUGUCGAGAGUUGGAACUAAAGGUGCCUCUUGUGGUUAGGCUUGAAGGGACCAACGUCCAUGAGGCCAAGAGGAUCCUGAGAGAAAGCGGUCUGCCCAUCACGGCUGCAGACAACCUGGACGAUGCUGCCAAGAAAGCAGUGGCUGCCAUCAAGAAGUAGAAAAGUCCAAUCUAUUUCCUCAGCAACCUCUGGGUGGCCUUACUAUCCGUCUGUGUUAUAUUCUAUUCACAGGGCUCACCUCAAGCCCAGGACCUCCAAAAACAUCUUUUUUACUAAUGCAACACCCACCAUUACCACUACAGACCCUCAGCUGGUUUAUGAGCUACUGAACCAUCAAGCCAAUAAUUUCUCCUCCCUUCUGCAGAUUUUUCCUGUUAGCAUCUUUCCCUCUGUUCCCUACAUUGAUUGUCAUUCAACACUCUUCAAACUUCUCGCUUUUCAUUUCACGUCUUAAAAGUCAACCUAGGGAAAAUCUCAAGCACAGAUAAGACAAGCGCACUAAGACUUUGAGCAUUCCAUUUUCAAAAACAUUUGUUUCUCUCUCCUUUGUCAAGCUGUAACAUUUUUAGAGGCAUUUGAUUAGAUAAGCUGUUUUUAUGAAGAUGCAUUGUCAAGUGUUUUUCGAAGAAAUAAUAAAUCCCCUUACCUGUGAUUGAGGUCAGAGGCAGCUAGUAUCACUGUGAUAAUUUAAUACUGCUUGACUUAAAUACAACAGUAGUGUUAGCAGCCCAUGCUAAAUCAUUCUGGAUUAUUUUUUUCUCCAUCAGUGCUUUAUUUGUGUCUCUCACGUGAAAUAUACUAAACUAUGAACCACUGUGAAUGUUCUAUAUCAUGAUAUUAUUUGAAUUGUACUUCACUUACUGUUGUGCAUUCAAGAUGGUAAAUCUGUGCCUUUGUGAUUUGUGAAUUUUCUCUAGCUCACCUUUACUCAAGUGUACUUAAUGAGCAAACACAGAACCUCUCUCUCUCUUUCUGUGUGUGUGUGUGCGUGUGCGUGCGUGUGUGCGUGUAUGUAUAUAUAUAUAUGUAUGUAUAUAUAUAUAUAUAUAUAUAUAUAUAUAUAUAUAUAUAAUAUCCAUCUAUGUAAAUUGAGAAUGUUUUAGGAGGAGUAACCUUGCUUAUAAAUAUCAACUAUUACAUUGGGCGCGGGGGGGGGGCAUAAAGGUUAUAAGGUUAUUAAACCCCCCCAAAAUUGAAAUGUAUCAGUUGAAUUUGAACAUAAUACCUAAUAUCAUUCAAUGAAAUCAUUUUUACUGUUGUCAAUGGUGAUACUUUGUCCAUUUGGACGCUAUAAAGUACGAUUAUAGUUCAAUUUUUCAUUCAAUUUUUGGUCUCUGUGUGUCAAAAUAAAAAUCUCCAUGGCUUCAAUGGUGCUUUCAAUGCUAACUUUGAGUUUGUGGUUGGCUGUUUUAGUAAUUGUUGUGUUAGCCUUUUUAAUUUUAACAACUUAUUGUACACAAAACCUCAUGAUUCGACAUUUAUAUACAGUUUGGUGUUUUUCAAGUCACGAUUUAAGCAAUAAUCCUAGUGAAAUUAGCAAAAAUGUGUAGUAUUUUGGAUGCAGUCACCAUGUUAUAAAUGCCUUUUUGCUAUGUGCAUAUAAUUUGACAUUUGUAUAUUUUCAAGAAAAGUUUCUGGUCCUAUUUCUGCUUGUGAGUGACACACACAAGCUCCUGGAAACUCCCUCUUGUAAUGUUCUAAUACAAGUCCCAGGGCAGACUUCAUAGAGAGUUCACGGAGGCUUCCUCUUGACAGAAGCACUGACUGUGUGAUGGAUUAUCUGUCAGUUCAAUUUGAGAAGAAGUCCACACAAAACCGGUUUGACUACCGUCCACAUGAGAUACACAAAAUAACUUGUCGCCAGAGAGGAACUUUUGGUCACAGACUGAACUUUUGACAACUUUUGUUCUCUGAAAAAAAAUCAAGAGGGCUCCAGAAGGCUCCACUGGUUAUUUGCAGCCUCUCUUUGGUUUCUAUAGAUUUGGGUGUGUUGCACCAACAUUUAACAUACAGAAAAAAAAAACAAUACCCAAGUCAAACUGUUUUGGGAAGUCACAUUACUGACGCAUUAUGCGCAUGCAUAGUGAACUGUGGGAAGCAAAAGCACUUCCGUGAGAACAGUCCUAAUUUAUUUGUCAUGUUUUAAUUUCCAUCACCUUUCGAAAAGUCCUCUGAAGAUGCAAACACUGGGGUCUAUGGGGUACCCGUGAGCUUCCUUCAUGCCUGCCAGCCAGGCCACAGAAAUAGACUGAAUGGUUCAAUAAUUGCUUUAUUUCAUGCUCUUGGAUGCGUGUGUCAGAAACCUCUCCGCUGAUGGAUUGGACGGAGGAAUUUAAGGCUUGUUAAAGCAACCUUCUCGGGCCCUGAUAUUGUUUAAUUCAGUGUCAAGCUGGAGGUCGCAAUGAAAUGUGCACACUGAUUUACUGGGCGAAAUUAGUGCCGCUCCAUCAUAUAAAUAUAGAUGAGGGUAAAGAAGCUUUGGAGGUCAGCCUGAAGACUUCUGUCAAGCAGCCUUUUAAGUGCACUAAAUACAGGACCUUUGUCGAGAGGGCAUUGCUUUCAAUGGCCCUUGGAGCAAGGGCUACUCAUCUAAUUAAGGUAUUUAUUAUGCCGAGGAAGUUUGAUUAUCUUUGGUGGCUCACUUUGUCUUUGCAGUUGUUGAUUUUGCGUUGUAAAAAAUGGUUGAAUGUUUAAGAAUCGAAAUUAAAACUAAUUUGCAUUAUUGGUGGGCAUACUCCUGCCAUCGGUGUCAAGGAUGUUUAUCCCGAUAAAGAAUGUGAUAUUUACAGACUCGUAAGCAACAACUUGUGUUUAAAGAACUCAAACAUGGACGUUCAUUUC